CCGGCUUCAUUCGCACUGCUUGCUCGCAGAAGGCGGCGAGCUGGGAGGCUGCUCGGAGUCGCCACUAGAGCAGUCUUGAGGCCAGUAGCAACCUCGCAGCGCACCCCCAUGGGGUUCCGGUCUCCGGAGUCUUCACACCCAGCUCAGUCCAUCCAGGCUUGCCCAGCAGCGGGGAGCUCCCGGGGCCGGUGACUUGAGACAAGUGCGAGAGCCGUCCGAUCGCCAGUCACCCCGCAGCCUCCGAAGGGCUUCAAGACCAACCACUGUGGCUGCAUCAGGGGGUCGGGACUGCCCCCUCCACACCCAGCCCCAAGCAAUGAUGAAGACAGCUUCCAGUGGGAACUGCGCUCUCAGCGUGCCCGCCAAGAAUUCCUACCGCAUGGUGGUCUUAGGGGCCUCGAGGGUGGGCAAGAGCUCCAUUGUCUCACGGUUUCUCAAUGGGCGCUUUGAAGACCAGUACACCCCUACCAUCGAGGACUUUCACCGAAAGGUCUACAACAUCCGAGGGGACAUGUAUCAGCUGGACAUCUUGGACACAUCGGGCAAUCACCCCUUCCCAGCCAUGAGGAGGCUGUCCAUCCUCACAGGAGACGUCUUCAUCCUCGUGUUCAGUCUGGAUAAUCGAGAGUCCUUUGAUGAAGUCAAACGUCUCCAGAAGCAGAUCCUGGAAGUCAAAUCCUGCCUCAAGAACAAGACCAAGGAGACGGCUGACCUGCCCAUGGUGAUCUGCGGCAACAAGAAUGACCACGGGGAGCUCUACCGCCAGGUGCCCACGGACGAGGCCAAACUCCUGGUCUCGGGGGACGAGAACUGCGCCUACUUCGAGGUGUCAGCCAAGAAGAACACCAACGUGGACGAGAUGUUCUACGUGCUCUUCAGCAUGGCCAAGCUCCCGCACGAGAUGAGCCCCGCCCUGCACCGGAAGAUCUCGGUCCAGUAUGGAGAUGCAUUCCACCAGAAAUCCUUCUGCAUGCGCCGGGUGAAGGAGAUGGAUGCGUACGGGAUGAUCUCCCCGUUUGCCCGUCGGCCCAGCGUCAACAGCGACCUCAAAUACAUCAAGUCCAAAGUCUUGCGGGAGGGCCAAGCCCGAGAGAGGGAGAAAUGCAGCAUUCAGUAAGAAGAGAGUUGGCAGGAGGGCAGCCCACCCAAGCAGUGCCUUAAGGGACUUGGCUCUGGACGACGCCCUCAGCCACGCCUGGGGGAAGUGAGGGGCUUGGGCAGCCGUACUGCCCUCUGUCCCCUCACAACUGGGAGCCCAACUUCACUGGCCACGAGGGCAGCAGUCCCCUGGGCUCUGUAAAUAUUUCCGGGUCUUCUCUGCCACCUCUGCCCUCCCCUCUGAUUCUCCCUUUCUCUUACUGGGAUACCUGACUUCCUUUACUCGGUAGGAGAAUGGUUUUCUGCCAAAGAGGAAACAGAUGAGAGAUCUCAGUUGGGUGAAUGUGAAGGGGAGAUUUCAUCUGGAGGAGGAGGCCUUAUCAGACAGAACUGAGACGGGGCAGGAGGAAGAAUCUCCAGCUCUUUCUCCAGAACUCAAUCCAACUGAGCCUCCGAACUCAUCUUAUGGGUCACUGUCUCUUGGGUGAGGGCUGGACAGGGCAUUGGGGCCACCGAGGUGGAAGUCCUCUGUUUUGGGGAGGGCUGCUCUGAGUAGGAGGGAGGUGAGACCUAUCUCAACAGCUGGGAGACCCCACACCAAGAGUUUGGGACUUUAUUUUCUGCUGUUGAUUUUUUUUCCCUUUCCUGCUGAUUUCCUCUUCCCCCCACCCCUACCCCCACCUAAAGUAGUGGCAUUUGUGUGUUUGAUAUGAAGUGUGUUUGAUGUACCAAGAACAUUUAUCUUCUGAA